AGGACUUGGCCACUUGUUGUUUUGAUCAUGUUGGCGGUUUCUCCUGUCUUUAGUUGCCCUUCUAGACUACCUUAUCGUACGGGUACGAACCUAAGGUAAGCCGUCCAUAUUAGUUACCAGUCAUUAGACAUUUUGCCGAGUUAGACUACUGCUCAAUGGCAGAGUAGUAUCCAACCACUGUCAGGAUGUACGCUCCGUACCUAGUAGGCAUCAUGUGCAAAAGACACUAGAUUCAAUAACGUCUAUGGAUAUCUUCCCAUAUGGCUUAUAUCCAUAUCCAGAACGGUUGAGAUUUGCGUGAAACAAUAAUCGCAAGGCUGAAUCAUAACUACUGUCUUACAUGUGGCCGCGACUUAGUGUCCAACUUAUUGAAGUGAGAUCUACACGAUUGCAGUCGUUAGUCAACUUGCCGUGAAGCUACCGGAUUUCCGAAUUGGAAUAACAAGAGGCAUUGUGAUCAUAUACUGGCAAGUUUGUAUAAGAACUCACAACAUCACCACACUCGUUUACAGAAAGUCGUUCGCACUCGUUUAUACCCUCACCCCCUGAUCAAGAUGCAGAUCAAGGCCCUCAUCCCUCUGGCACUCGCCGCCGUGGCCACAGCUGGCCCGGUAGUGCAGCGCGACUACAAGGUCUCCAGCUCAGAGGCCAAGUACCCAACAACCACCAAGGAAGCAGAGUACCCUACUUCUACGCCAGAGAUGAAGUACCCUACGACAACCAAGAAGGAAGAGUACCCCACGUCCACACCUGAAGCCCACUACGCCACGACGACCAAGACGACCACGAAGGUUCAGUACUCUACUUCUACGCCGGAAGCUCAGUACCCAACGACUACCGAGUACAAAACAUCAGCGCCAGAGUCGAAAUACAAGACAUCGACUAAGGAGAAGAAAGAGGAGAGCUCGACCAAGGAGAAGAAGGAGAAGACGUCGAGCAAAGAGAUGAAGCACAAGACCUCUACAUCGGAGAUGAAGUACGAGACAUCCACGUCCAAAGAAGAGUAUAAGACAUCUACCCCUGAAAUGAAGUACGAGACCUCUACCUCUGAGAUGGAGUACAAGACUUCUACGCCGAAGAUGGAGUACCCUAUUUCUACAUCUAAGAUGCAAUACCCUACCUCUACACCUAAAAUGGAGUACCCAACCUCUACGUCUAAGAAGGAGUACCCGACUUCCACACCGGUAGAGCACUACCCAGCCACAACCAUGAAGCAAGAAGUUCCUACUACCACCUCUGAGGUCAUCCCCAUGACUCCUACCACCACUCUUGAGCCUACCCCCUCCACGAUGAGCACCAAGACCAAGGAGAAGGAGACCAAGACCAAAGGCAAGGGCAAGGACAAGGAAGACAAGACCAAGACGAAGUCCAAGGAAGGGCACACGAAGACGAAGUCAAAGGCCGGCCACACCAAGACCAAGCGCGACAACUACCCUUAUGAAACCACCCCGGCACCCGCUCCCGAGUACCCCAGCACCCCCAGCACCACCAUCGAUACCAAGACUAAGAAAGGCCACACCAAGACCAAGUCCAAGGCCGGUCACACCAAGACUAAGCGCGACAGCUACCCCUCCGAGACUUCUACCUCCGAGUACCCCAGCGACCACUACUCCACCGACGACCACCGCUCCGACGAUGACCACCACUCCGACGAGCACUCCGGCGACUCCUCCUCUUACGACUCCUCCAGCCACGGCUCAUCCCCCACCGGCGGCCUCGACGGCAUCUGCCCUGGCACCACCCCGCUCUGCUGCCAGGUUGACAUCGACGGGAUCCUUGACCUAAGCUGCUCUUCUCCCGACCAAGACCUGACCAGCCUCGAGCAGUUCACCUCCAUCUGCGCCUCCACGGGCCUAACGGCCGAGUGCUGCACGCUCCCCAUCGCUGGCGACGCGUUGCUCUGCACGGCUGUCUAGUCUAAAUGAUGGACUAGUUGGCACAUGAAUACCUAUGCAUACGAGAUUAAUAUCACGACGGAGGGGGGCUUACUCACUUAUUAAUUUUCAGGGGAAGAAUGUGUGUUUGGGGAAACUUUAGAUGAGACGGCAACCGACUGCCUGCCUGCUCAUGCGAUGUGGCUUUGCCUUUUGCAUUUGCAUCCAAGGCAGUCCCAGCGGUCUCGACCAAAUUCUUUUUUAAUUUCUGUACCUUUUCUUGUCCUCGGCUUCUCUCCUAGUCGACGACACAUUACUAUUUUUUUUUAUUUUUUUUGACAUUAUGACCUUUUAUAUACCUAUACUUCUAGUCUUAUUAGCUUCUAUAUAGAGCAGAAUUGAGCCCCCCCCCCCUUUUCACGACUUAUGACUGGCUUGCGUGUUUCGAGAUCACUAAGAAGAUCACUAAUAAAAUCACCUGGGCAACAUUGAACUUAAU